AAUGCCAUAUAAUUAAUUCUACCAUUUCAUGGUAGGUAUGGCCGCCGGCCAUCAUCUCUUUGGUAGCUUUAGCCGGGAUCCGCAAACACCUCUAUCUGGGUAUGUCCCAUGAUCGAACUCCAGCUCCCCUCCAAACCCAAUAGUGAUGCUUUAGGAACUGAUAUCAUGUUAUGGCAAGGCUUUCCAGUAGAAUCAACCUCAAUAAUUUGAAAAAUCUUGGGCGCUCCUCUCAUGAAUCCAGGUGAACAUUUUGUGUUGCUAAUAAUUAAUUACAGAUCCUUACUAUCUUUGUGCUUGUCUUGAUAAGAAAAACGCGGAUAAACUUGGAGAUAAAGAAAUAAC